UGGUUCGAGCACGUCAGCAUGCUGGUCAUCCUCCUGAACUGCGUCACCCUGGGCAUGUUCCAGCCCUGCGAGGACGUGGAGUGCCAGUCGGAGCGGUGCACCAUCCUGGAGGCAUUUGACGACUUCAUUUUCGCUUUCUUUGCGGUGGAGAUGGUCAUCAAGAUGGUGGCUCUGGGGAUCUUCGGGCAGAAGUGUUACCUUGGAGAUACGUGGAAUCGCCUGGACUUCUUCAUCGUGAUGGCGGGCAUGAUGGAGUAUUCUCUGGAUGGACACAACGUGAGUUUGUCUGCGAUCCGCACUGUCCGGGUACUUCGGCCGCUACGAGCCAUUAACAGGGUCCCAAGUAUGCGAAUACUUGUCACCCUGCUGUUAGAUACUCUGCCUAUGUUAGGCAACGUCCUCCUCUUGUGCUUCUUUGUCUUCUUCAUCUUUGGGAUUGUCGGUGUGCAGCUCUGGGCAGGCCUGCUGAGAAACAGGUGUUUCCUAGACAGGAAUUUUGCAAUGACAUACAACCUUACCUUCCUGCAUCCGUACUACCGGACAGACGAAGCAGAGGAGAACCCGUUCAUCUGCUCAUCGCAUCGUGAAAACGGCAUGCAGAAGUGCUCCAACAUCCCAAACAGGAAGGAGUACAAGGUGGAGAAUGCCUGCAUAAACUGGAACCAGUAUUACAACGUUUGCAUGGCAGGGGACGUAAACCCACACAACGGAGCUAUCAAUUUUGAUAAUAUUGGAUAUGCCUGGAUAGCUAUUUUUCAGGUUAUAACCCUGGAAGGAUGGGUUGACAUCAUGUAUUAUGUGAUGGAUGCACAUUCUUUUUACAAUUUUAUAUAUUUUAUAUUGCUUAUAAUAGUUGGUUCCUUCUUCAUGAUUAACUUGUGCCUGGUUGUGAUAGCAACACAGUUUUCUGAAACAAAGCAGCGGGAGAACCAGCUGAUGCAGGAGCAGCGGGCCCGUUAUCUCUCCAAUGACAGCACAAUUGCCAGCUUCUCGGAGCCAGGUAGCUGCUAUGAGGAGCUGCUCAAGUAUAUCUGCCACAUCUUCAGGAAGGUGAAACGGCGGACAGUACGCCUGUACAAUAACUGGCAGAGUAAGCGCCGGAAAAAAGUUAACCCAAACAGCACCACAAAUGGGCAAAGCCACCGAGGCAAAAAGCGCAUCACCUCCAUACACCACCUCAUCCACCAUCACCAUCACCACCACCACCACCACUAUCACAUCAGCAACGGGAGCCCUCGGGGACCACGCUCCAACCCUGAGAUCUGCAACCUGGAACUCAAGGUCAUGAAACCUGGAGGCCAAUUGAUGCUUCCUUCUCCAUCACCCAACUUGCAGAGCCCUGCUCCUCCUCCAGAUUCGGAGUCUGUGCACAGCAUUUACCAUGCGGACUGUCAUGUUGAAGGACCACAAGUGAACUGUAAGUCUUCCAGUGCCCCUGUAAGCAUUAAACUGACUGCCGGACUCUCCAGCCAUGGCAACAUGAACUAUCCUACCAUCCUGCCUUCUCCAACGAGCAAAGCCAGUUCUGUUCCGGUUCCCAAAGGAAAGAAGAAUGGCAAUUCACCUGUGGCCACGGUUAAUAGCCCUGUAAACUUGGGCACGGAUUCUUAUGGGAAGCUGCAGCAACUGGUAGGAGAGCAUGGUCUGCGGCGGACGCCCAGCCGGCUGUCG